GUAUAGCAGGAGCUAGUUGGCUUCUGGAUACAUGGGAAGAGCAAUCCCAUCUAUACAGCAUUACGCACAAGAACAGGAAAGGAGUAACUAAGACGAAACUAGCAGGUAAAGCAUAUCAUCGACAACUUCAUAAUGUCAGCAGCCAAAAUGGAGAGCGGCCAAAAGAGUUCAAAAAGUGUUUGUUCCCGAGUUAUGGGCGUUCUGAAGGGGGUAUCUGUGGAGCCGCUGAUGCUGCUCGAUGGUCUGGCCUUCUCCAACAUGCACGUGUACAUAGAGAACAUGCAGAUGGAGCGAGUGUGCCGAGUGGGCAGUGGCUUCUCCCAGCAAGUGUGCGACGACCUCAAGAGUGAUCCAGCAGCCAGUGUGGAGGUGCAGCAGAGGUACAGCGUGUUCGCCCUCUAUAAUGGCAUCAUCGCCGCCGCUCUCCCACUCUUCUUCAUCCUCUUCAUGGGCGCCUGGAGUGACAAGUAUGGCAGGAAGGUGCCACUGGUGGCAGUGCAGGUGGGUCACGUUCUCCACGCCGCAGGCUACUUGUUGGCGUCUUUGGCACCGCAGUGGCCUGCCGAAAUGCUGCUCUUGGUCACACUGCUAGACACUCUGGGAGGCGGCACCGUGUCAUUCCUGACGGCGGCCAACUCGUACAUCAGUGACGUGUCUUCAGAAGAGUCGCGCACAUCAAGAGUGGGACUGGCCAACAGCAUCUGGUUCUUGGGAGGCCCCGUCGGUACUCUGAUGGGCACUUACAUCUACACGUGGGGCGGCUACCUACCACUCUUCGCUACUUCCCUCACGCUGUCUCUGAUGGCCGUGGUGUACGUGGUCGUGUGCCUUCCUGAGAGUCACGGACCCUUCGCCAAGAAGGCCGACGCCAGCGCCCCGGGACACAAGUCCCAGGUGGAGCUGCGGGACAGUGUGGCGGUGGUGUACGGGAUGGAAGUGAAGGCAACACCCUCCUCCACACUCCACAACACCCGCCCAACUCUCUCAAUCAUGAUCAAGGACUUCUUCAACCCGCGCCGCAUCUUUGACAGUUUCAAGUCGACUCUGAGGCAACGUGAGGGUAACACUCGAGCCCUCAUCCUUAUCCUCAUCUUCACCAGCCUCCUCAGACGAGUCACAAGAUCGCCUUACGUGUUCGCCUUCACGCGCCACGUGCUGGGCUGGGAGGCCAGCGACUACAGCCUCUGGGUUACCUACAAGAACCUCGUGGCUACUACAGGUUCCCUGGUGGCGGUGCCACUACUGAGUGGCCGUCUGGGGGUGGCAGACAAUGUGCUGGCCAUGGUGGGGGCCAUGUCCGGGGUCCUCGAGUAUGUCGUCUACGGCUGUAUCUCCGACACUCGACCAUAUUUUAUCUGGAUAGCUCCAGUAGCGGCUCUGCUGCUCAACUCCUGCACCAUCGCCCAGCGGGCCAUGAUGACCAAGUUCGUCGCCAGGGAUGAGAUCGGUAAGGUGUCUGCUGUGCUGGGAGCCCUUGACGGCCUCAUGCCCAUGGUCAACUCUGCCCUCUACACCGCCAUCUACCACGCCACCGUCAGCGUCUUCCCCUCAGCCCAUUUCUUCCUGGGAGCUUCAGCCAGCGGCCUCAUGAUCGUUUUCUUCUGCAUCAUCAUCAACACCGACAAAUCUGAUGAGUAUGACGUAGAAGGUGCCAAGCCCAGUGCUGCCUCUGACAUCAUCACCAGCAAGUCACUAGUGGUAAGGACCGACUCUUCCUGGCUGGCCUCUGACGCCCUGGCACUCGCCUUCUACACCUCCAGCCUGCACGUCCUGCCCGACCACCAUCAUAACCAUCCAAAACAACAAACUGAGGAGAUUCGCUACUAGACUGUGACGGUAAUUGUCUAGUUCAGUGACGCAACAAAACAGAACCAAAGACUAUUUAUUUUUAUUUGUUGAAAGAGAAAAAAGAGAAAUAAUGUAAUUGCAACUUUUCACAGGUUAGGU